AUGUACGUAGCAAUAGUAACAGUGUGUGUCUGUGCGUGUGUAGGCCAGCGUGUGUGUAGGUUGGAUCGGGGCCGGCCCUGCUAUAAACUGGCAUAUUUUUCUGACCCUGGACGGCGGCUCAGCUUCCUGGAGGCGAGGCUAGCGUGUCGCCGUGACGGAGGGGAGCUUCUGAGCGUUGAGUCACCGGCCGAGCAGCGAAUCAUAGAGCAGCUUGUCACUGAGCUCCGUCCCUCCGACGGAGACUUCUGGAUUGGCCUACGUCGUAACCAUGGUGACACGGAAAACGUCGACGACUGUCCCUCACAGUACUACUGGACCGACGGGAGUCUCGCCUCCUUCAGGAACUGGCACUGGGACGAGCCGUCCUGUGGUUACGAGGUGUGUGUGGUGAUGUACCACCAACCGUCCGCCCCGCCCGGCCUCGGAGGACUCUACAUGUUCCAUUGGAACGAUGACAACUGUGACACCAAGAACAAUUUCAUCUGCAAGUACACUGCAGAGAAGGCUCCUGAACCCUCCCCCAACACUGCACACCCAGAGGCUCCUCCCUUGUCUCUGUCACCCCUGACCACGACCUUUGACACUGAAGAGAAGAGACACACCCCAGCUCUGAACAUUGUUUACAUAGUCCUGCCCAUCAUCCCGUUGUUGAUGGUGUUACUAAUAGCAACUGCGGUCUUCUGCUUCACGCUGCUGGCUCAACGGAGGAAGCGGCGUGAGCAGCAGACAGAGGUGUGUCCUAGCGACCCAGGGUCCUGUCCAAACCCCGCCCAGCCGCCUGACGUCUACAACGUGAUUCGCUCCCAGCAGGAGGCCGACCUGGCUGGAACACGCCCCCACACCAAGAACACUUCCUUCUUAGGCUCCUCCCCCGACAUGUCCCCUGGUGACUAUGACAACCUGGGGGGUCUGCGAGACACGGAGAGUGGUUUUGUCACGCUGGCCAGCACAGAGAGCAACUUCCAGUUGACCUCUGAACUCUACGACCUUAGUUUGGGGCGACGCAAAGACGACUCAGACAUUUACCACAACAGUCUGGGUCGCAACGGAGAGGUUUAUAACAACAGUCUGGGUCGGCAUGGUAACCGAGAGGUUUAUAACAACAGUCUGGGUCGUCAUGGCAACGGAGAGACGCACGAUAACAGUCUGGGUUGUCACGGCAACGGAGGGACGCACAACAACAGACUGGGUCUUCAUGGCCGUGUGGUGAAGAGCAGUGAGCUGUACAACACUAGUCACUAUAGAGACAGUCUUUACCAAACCAGCCUGGAUCGCUAUGGUAACCCUGAACAGCAGGAGAGAAGCCUGGGUCGUCAUGGGAACGAUGCCAGUGUAGAUUGCUAUGGGAAGGAGGCCACUGUGGGUUACUAUGGCAACGAGGGCAGUCUGGGUGGGAAGUGCUACAAAGAGUGGUUGGACAGUGACAGCAACUAA